AUGUCAGACUCCCACGACCAGGCCCUCGCCCGCUCUCAAGCCCGUCGACGCAGGCGCAUCGACCACAGCGAGUUGGCCAAGGAGCGCGAAAAGGCCUUCUACCGCUACUACCCCCGCCCGGGCUUCCAGCGCCCUCACACUGAUGGCCCCGCCAGUCGCCAGUCGUCGCCUUCACCGGCGCCCUCGCCCGCCUCGCAAUCACAGACGCCUCCAAGCACCCCGCCGCCUACGCUCGACUAUGCCCCCCGCGUCUCCGACGAUAAGGCCCUCACAGCCUUUGCCCAGCUGGGUGCCCUGCGCCUGAAUGCCCGCCGCUGCCUCAUUUCCUUCUUCGACCGCAAGGACUGCUUCCUCCUCGCCGAAGCGACCAAGACCCUGUCCCUCGACACGGGCGAGCCAGAGUUUGACGACGACCGCCUCUGCUUUGGCACCACCAUCUUCCCCAAGGAGCAGAGCCUGUGUAAUUACACCGUCAAUCUCGCCCCAAAGUAUACGACACUGCCCUUUGACGACCCCAGUGAUCUGCCCUCGCUCGUCGUAAACGACCUGAGCAAGGAUAAGCGCUUCUGCGACUUUCCUUUUGUCAAGGGCCCGCCCUACUCGCGCUUCUAUGCCGGCGUCCCCAUUCGCAGUCCUACGGGCCAUAGCAUUGGCACCUACUGCGUCCUCGACGAGAAGCCACGGGAUGGAUUAACGCCUCACCAACUGGCCUUUCUCAAGAGCAUGGCCGGCACCGUCAUGCGCCACAUGGAGAGAACGAGGGCGGCCGAAGACCACCGCAGGGCAAAGAUCAUGGUCAAGAGUCUGGGUUCAUUUGCCGAGGGCAAGAGCGGGCUGGAGAACUGGGCCCAAGAUCCGUGGGACAAUGAUCAAUCCGAGUCCUGGUCUGAUCAGACGGAGACAAUCGCCGCCCAACGCCAGCGCCCUGCUGCUACCACACCCACAGGACAGGAGCCACCCGUGCUUAAUGGCCACAAUCAUAUUGACAUUGAUUCCCGUAGCCCUACGAACGACAAUGUGCCGCCUAACCACCAGCCACCACACACGCCAAAUUCACCCACCAGUAAGCUUACUACCUUGGGACCCAGUCAAGUCGUUGAGCCCGUCCGACCCGACAUUACCGCCACAACGUCAUGCACCUCCACCAAGGACUUCCCCAAGCCCGAUCAGAAGGACAGGGCUGCCCCGGAGCUGAGGGCACAUUUCACGCGCGCUGCCAACAUGAUUGUCGAUUCGACAGAGGCAGAGGGCGUGGCUUUCUUCGAUGCCAAGAUCAGUACUUUCGGCGGUCUUGUUGACGAUGAUUUCGAUCCGGAUCAGCUUCCCGAACCGGACAAGCCCUGCGACAUUCUCGGCGCCGCUCUCUGCAAGACCGAUCGCGAUAACAAAUCCUUGCCAAACACGGGCGAAUGCAUCUCCGAAAGCGUUUUGCGACACUUGCUCCGUCUCUAUCCACAUGGCCAGAUUUUCCACCUUGACGUGGAUCCCUUGACCCCGUCUGUUAAUUCUCCUUCGACUGGCUUGGAUGAGUUUGAGUCUUCCGAUGGAUUCCCCUUUGGUACUCCUCGCAAAGCCGAGUCAUCGAGAAGUUUGGAUGACGAGGCAUACCUGAGAAGAGUCUUCCCCACUGCGCGAAGUCUCAUCUUGUACCCCUUGUGGGACCCGCAUCGCGAGCGAUGGUUUGCGACGGCGGUAAUAUGGAGCUCCGAGCCCAAGCGCAUCUUCACGACUGAGCAGGAGCUGAGCUAUCUAGCAGCGUUCAGUAACUUUGUCAUGGCCGAGGUUGCUCGUCUUGAUACAAAACUGGCAGACGCUGCAAAGGCCGAUUUCAUCUCUUCCAUCAGUCAUGAACUUCGUUCUCCAUUGCACGGCAUACUUGGAAUGACCGAUCUUCUCAAGGACUCUUCUCUCGACAACCAGCAGGUAUCACACGUUGCGACAAUCGAGACCUGCGGCAAGACCCUGCUGGAGACCAUUAACCACGUCCUCGACUUCGCAAAGAUUAACAACUUGACACGCGGCGUCUCAAAACGACAAAAGAAGCGCACUCAGAGCGCCAAGCACAUUAUCAGCCCUGGCAGAGCCCAUACCAAUGAUAUCAUGACACUUAUCAAUGAUGUUGAUAUGAGUAUACUAACAGAGGAUGUGGUCGAGAGUGUCUUUGCUGGCUACACGUAUGCAAAGACGUCGGCCCAGACAUAUGAGCUCACUGCAUCCAAGGUGAACAGUCGGCCAAUCUCCAUCAUCCUCGACAUCAACCAUAGCGACAACUACGUCUUCCGCACCCAACCUGGUGCGUGGCGACGUGUGAUCAUGAAUUUGUUUGGAAACAGUCUCAAGUAUACGCCUGGCGGUUACAUCAAGGUAAAGCUUGAGGUCAAGCGGAAGUUUCAAGACGAGGAUGAGACUUGCGAGUUCAAGUUCUCGGUCACCGACUCUGGCAUUGGCAUGUCCGAGGAUUACAUCAACAACAGACUUUUUCACUCUUUUGCUCAGGAGAAUCCUUUGAGUCAGGGUACUGGCUUGGGUCUUUCAAUUGUCAAGCAAAUUGUAGAAUCUCUGGGAGGAGAUGUCGAGGUGCGAAGUGAGAAGGAUCGCGGUACAAAAUUCACAGUCACAUGUCCUCUGAAAGAGUCACGCAUGUCUCCAAGCUUUGGCGCCACUGCCCCAGAGUGUGAAAAGGACAUGCACUUGCAAGAAGUUUCCAAGCGCACAAAGGGCCUAACGGUGCGCUUUGACGGUUUCAAUGAAGCAGAGGAGUAUUUCGUCAAGGACUUGAAGAACAAGAAUGCCUCCAAGCUGUGUUUGAAGGCAUUGAUUAGCCUCUGUGCCGACUGGUUCGGCAUGAAACGCUUUGAACAAGGUGUCAGCACUGGGGAACCAGAUAUGAUUAUUGCUACUGAAAGCUGUGCAAAGACCCUGCGCACUCAGUACAGCCAAUGUCCCAGCAAGACAACUGCAACACCAGUCAUUGUUGUGUGCCAAGGUGCCGCAGCUGCACAAUCAACCACAGCCAUUACAGUCCCAGGCAUGAUUUUCGAAUGCAUCAGUCAGCCAGUAGGCCCGCACAAGAUGGCAAAGGCUCUCUCGUCGUGUCUUGGUCGUCACGCCAAGCAAACAAGUGUGCAAAAAACCAACAGUGAUCCAGCCCUGCCUCAGGUCACUGAUUUCCAGCUCAAGGAGGGCGCGCUCCCCAAACGCACUGAUUUGUUGCACGUCAUAGAGCCAGCUCGACCACAGCUCACCAGCGCUAGCAGCGCUCCAGAGAUACGGUCAAUUAACAACAGUCCUAUCAAGCCGUCAAAAUAUAUGAAACCAACUCGGGCCCUCCGAUGUCUUUGUGUCGACGACAAUCCCAUCAAUCUUCGCCUACUCCGCACCUUUGUCAACAAGCUCGGCCACGAACAUACCCUCGCAGUCGAUGGUUUAGAGGCACUCGAAGCCUACAUAGCCGCCAACAACGAAGAAGAGUCCCGCAUCGACGUUGUACUCAUGGACAUCAAUAUGCCCGUCAUGGACGGACUCGAAGCAACCCGCCAAAUCCGCGCCCAUGAAAUCCGCCACAACCUUCCCAAGGUCACAAUCAUUGCCCUCACCGGCGUAGCAGAUACCGACAUACAACAAGAAGCAAACUCCAGUGGCAUCAACCUCUUCCUCAUCAAACCUGUCCGCCUAGCCGAUCUCGAAGUCAUUCUCAAGGGAGUAGUGACUGGACAAGACAAGGCAAAUCUAGAAUUAGAAGCCGAAAAAGAGCGACUGCGACUUGCCGAGGCGAAUGCCAUUCUCAACAUGGAUAGUACCAGUGAGAAGUCACGUGGUAUCAAUGUGGGAGUUGCAGUUGUUAAAGGCGAAGACGAAGUGCAAAAGGCUGUUAAGAUGCAUGAACAUGCGAAGAGUGUGUCUAUAGGUUGA